AUGAUAGGAGGACCCGUGCCGCCGGGGGCGGGACCAUGUGGUUCGCGCGCAGACCCGCCGGAAAUCACCCUGCGGCCCCGCGACCAGCAGGUGAAGGCUGGGGGCGUGGCGGCCUUCUAUUGCCAGGCGCGCGGCGACCCGCAGCCCACGCUCCAGUGGCGCAAGAACGGCAAGCGCGUGUCCAGCACGCAGUCGCGCUACCUGGUGCACGAGUUCCCGCAGGGCGGCGCGCUGCUGCGCAUCGAGCCCGUGCGCGCGGGCCGCGACGACGCCGCCUACGAGUGCGUGGCCGAGAACGGCGUCGGCGACGCCGUCAGCGCCGAGGCCAUCCUCACCGUCUACGAGACCACCUGCAGUGCGGCGGGCGUCGCCGUCCGGUUCGGCCCGUGCCGCUGCCGUGGGAAGCAGGCGGCGUGGCCGGUGGCCGUGGCCCUGCGCAGGUGCCCGUUGCCAUGGCAAUGGCUUGUUAUUAUUGUGGACGUUGGGCCCGUGCCGGCCGCGCCCUCUGCUUGCCGUCGCCUGCUGUGCGUGCGCACGUCGCCCCGGCACCCGGCGCCCGCCGCCCGCCGCCCGGCCUAG